AUGGAGUCAAGUUUGGAGGGCGAUGAAGGAAGUCAGAAGAUGAAACGGGCUGGACAUCACACACUUCUGGCCAAACAUUUGCAAGGGAAGAAGCCGGAAUGGGAUGCCAUCUCCUCACAGAAGCAACCGCUGCGUCUCCUUGACCUUCCUGUCGACAUUCUUCAAGCCAUUCUCAGAGAACUCACGCAUACUAACGAUCUCACCUCACUCGCUCUCACCCACUCUGCGUUGCACGCUCUUGUCAUUCCGCACAUCUACUCCAGAUUUGAUAUUGUCUGGCCUGAUGCGAAUGCCACCUUUGAGAACCGCAUGGGAGUCGACGCUUUGACAUAUGGACUGGCAACGCUGGUUAUGACCCAGGAUGUCUUCGGUGAGGCUCCAUACCAACAGCAGCCUUUGUAUCAAUGUCAACAGUGCGGACACCACAAUCACCCCAGUCCUUCCAAUCCCAGCGGCCCUCGAAAGAUACGACGUGGCAACUACUUUGCUCAAUAUACCAAGAAAUUUAGUCUAGGGAACGGGCCGUCGGAUUGGGUUCAGGAGUACCUCAUAACCAAAGAAGGCGGCAAAAUGCUCGGCACCCUGGUUGCUCUCGCCGUUGGGAGGAUGCGAAAUCUGGAAGCAUUUAUCUGGGAUAUGCCCACUGGUGUUCUCCGAGAUGUAUGGCUGGCUCUCGCCUCUCUCGGUAACCGUGACGACGGACAAGAAUGUCGCCUGGAUCGAAUAUGGGUUCGCUGGCACGACAAUCAAGAUCAGGGCCCCUUGGCUUCCCCUCCACUACCAGGAGCCGGCCCCGGCGUGCACGUUUCGAACUUACCAUCCAUCCUAGCAGGCACAGCAAAUGCCUUGUUUCAGAUUCCUCCUUAUCCUCGAGUUGAAUUUCCGACCUUUUCAAUAUUGCCUCCCCUCCGAAGCCUUAGUGUUCUGGACAUUGAUGAGUUACCGUAUGCCGAAGAAAUGAGUGUUUUAAUCGAGAGGUCACUUGACAAGAUGGAAGAACUGCGAGUUGGAAUGGCUCCACACGCCCAAUACGACAUAUGGGCUCGGCCCACAGAUAAUAGGGCUCCUGUCUUGCAGCCUUUGAUGUCUUCACCAAGUGAUCAGACGCCCAGACCUGGAGGGAUUCUGGGAAUCCUGGUACAUCGAUUCUGUGAUCCAUUUGUUCAAGAUCGAAGCAAAGAGUUCACUUCUGGUCAUGAAACGCAAGAAUACUUGAUUCCAGAGGUGGACGAGUCUCAAAACCCAGAAUAUGGCGAAGAGGGCAAAGAUGACUCUGUUGAUCAAAGUCAGGCCGAGGAUGUGGAACAUCUUGGUGCUCUUCUUUUAGCCCAGAACCUCCAGGAUGAGGAAUUGGAACCUGCAGCAAAAGCAACUACCUGUCCCGGGCAGCUUCAUGUUCCAAAACAAAACCACCUUCGAAAAGUGAGCGAGUCUUUCAAUGACCCGCACCAGGAGGAACGUUCUUUCCGCAAGCUCCGGUUAAACACAUUGGAGCUCGAACGAAUCUAUCUUUCGAUCACAGUCUUGUCCAAAGCUAUUGACUGGUCUAGGUUGAGGACUCUUACCCUCUUGGGUUGUAGGAAUCACGAGCAAAUUUGGAAGGCACUUCGCAAACAGUUUACCCCCACCAGUCGAAGGAGGGUAUCCUCGACAGGAUUCAGAACAUCUGGAAACAGCUCCUCGAAGGUAGCUGACGAAACAGCGUCGUCAUCUCUCGAACCCGCUCCCUCGGAUUAUCCACUUGGACUCAAGAGGCUUCACACCGACACAGUCUCGCCCUCGUUGAUCGCAUUUAUCAAAGACACCCUUGCACCGGAUAGCCUUGAGUGGCUUUUCUUGCAAGCAAACCCCACCUACAAGUCUCAAGUGUCAAUAGACAUGAUAUACAGGGGGGCGAUCCGCAGACAUCGCGGAAGUCUAAGGAAACUGCUCAUUGACAGCACGUUGCGGACCGAAGAUCCAGACCCACCAGACACAUGGAGACGAUGGGUAUUGAAUCGUGAAUUGAUAACUUGCAUCACGAGCGGAAAGAUGAAGCUUCGAGAGUUGAGUAUGUCAAUCGAUUACAAAGACUGGCACCACUUCCUUCGACGACUGCCAAAUGCGACAACACUGCGGUCACUACACAUUUCACACAUUGCCGAGCAUGUCAAUGGCACAGUGCACUCCCGUGACGCGGCAUUACAAGUUCUCGACAUUGUCGCGCUGAGACCAGAACUGGAAUUGUGUUAUUUGGGAAUCCAGACGCACUGUUAUGAAAUUCUCGAAUACGCAAGUACGCGGAAAGGCCCUGUCUUCACCGGUCUGAAUGGAUCUGGGAGCGGCGGUCACUCUGGUGAAGAUCUUGAUACUGAUCAGGAUGCAGGACCCGCCGGCGGGGACGCACAUUCAGCGCAGCAAGGUCAUCACCAUAGUCACCGGUUCUCUCAGGACGAUGACGAUGAUGAUGGAGACAUGGACGAUACGAGUGAUUUUGAAGUUGUCUCUGAUAGCGAUGAAGCAAUGACAGAUGAAGAGGGCGCGCAAGGGGCGGACUCAAACAUGCCCAAGCCAACCUGGCGCUUACGCGAGAUUCUCUUCUAUGACGACAAAAUUUCGAUCUUCAAAGCAAGACAUGGCAGAUUGUAA